ACCCUUCCGCUACGCCAGAUCGAGGCUGCCCUCCACCACCGGCAUUCCCAGUAUGCACCGCGGACUGAGCUGCGAAAAAUAGUCCGCUAACGAAAGGCUGAGAAAAGGGAACCAGAAAAGGGGUAGCUCACAGCUAAAUCCGCGAGUUCAUCUGUAUUUAACGUAACCAGAAGCGAUAACAUGGCUGACAACGAGAAACUGGACAACCAGCGACUGAAGAAUUUCAAGAAUAAAGGCCGUGAUUUGGAGACUAUGAGAAGACAGAGGACUGAAGUAGUGGUGGAACUCAGAAAGAACAAAAGAGAUGAGCAUCUUCUGAAGAGGAGAAAUGUUCCCCACGAGGACAUCUGUGAGGACUCUGAUGUUGACGGAGAUUUCAGAUCGCAAAACACCUCUCUUGAAGCAAUAGUACAAAAUGCUACCAGUGAUAACCAGGGCGUCCAGCUGAGCGCUGUCCAGGCUGCCAGGAAAUUGUUGUCCAGUGACCGUAAUCCUCCCAUAGAUGACCUGAUUAAGUCUGGGAUCCUUCCUAUCCUGGUGCAUUGCCUGGACAGAGAUGACAACCCCUCUCUCCAGUUUGAGGCAGCCUGGGCUCUAACCAACAUAGCCUCGGGGACCUCAGAGCAGACUCAAGCUGUGGUCCAGUCUAACGCUGUGCCGCUCUUCUUGAGGCUGCUUCACUCUCCUCACCAGAAUGUGUGUGAACAGGCCGUCUGGGCUCUGGGAAACAUCAUAGGUGAUGGCCCUCAGUGCAGAGAUUAUGUGAUCAGCUUGGGUGUGGUGAAGCCUUUGCUCUCCUUCAUCAGUCCCUCCAUCCCCAUAACCUUCCUCCGCAAUGUCACUUGGGUCAUGGUCAACCUGUGCCGUCACAAGGACCCUCCACCACCCAUGGAGACAAUCCAGGAGAUACUGCCAGCUCUCUGCGUUCUGAUCCACCACACUGACGUCAGUAUCUUGGUAGACACAGUGUGGGCUCUGUCCUACCUGACAGAUGCUGGGAACGAGCAGAUCCAAAUGGUUAUUGACUCCGGCAUUGUCCCACAUCUGGUACCUCUGCUCAGUCACCAGGAGGUUAAAGUUCAGACCGCUGCCCUGAGGGCUGUUGGGAACAUUGUGACCGGCACAGACGAACAGACCCAGGUGGUGCUCAAUUGUGACGCCCUCAGCCACUUCCCUGCGCUCCUCACCCACCCGAAGGAGAAAAUCAACAAGGAGGCAGUGUGGUUCCUGUCCAACAUCACAGCAGGUAACCAGCAACAGGUGCAGGCCGUCAUUGACGCCAAGCUGGUUCCCAUGAUCAUUCACCUGCUCGAUAAGGGUGACUUUGGCACGCAGAAAGAAGCAGCCUGGGCCAUCAGUAACCUGACAAUAAGCGGGAGGAAAGAUCAGGUGGCACACCUGAUUGAGAAGCAGGUGAUUCCUCCAUUCUGCAACCUGCUCACAGUGAAGGACGCUCAGGUUGUGCAGGUUGUUCUCGAUGGCCUCAGCAAUAUCCUAAAAAUGGCUGAUGACGAGGCAGAAACUAUUGCUAACCUCAUUGAGGAAUGCGGAGGUCUGGAAAAGGUGGAGCAACUGCAGAAUCAUGAAAAUGAAGAUAUCUACAAAUUGGCAUACGAAAUUAUUGAUCAGUUCUUCUCAUCUGAUGAUAUCGAUGAAGACACCAGCCUGGUCCCAGAGGCCAUCCAGGGCGGAACUUACGGCUUCAACUCAGCCAACGUGCCAGCCGAGGGAUUCCAGUUCUAGACGGCAUCUGGGGUAUUCUGGAGUUUUGUUCACGAUGCAGCACUCUGUUCAACAUAUAAAAAAUUAGGAGAGAAAGGGCGAGAGAGAGCGAGUGUGAGAAAUUUGAUCCAUUGUGCUUGGCUCGUGGGAUCCAUGGCUGCAUCUUAUCUGAGAGAAAAAUAUGUGGAUUUCAUUUGGCAUUCCAGGGGAACCAGCCCAAAUGAAGUUUGAGAUGGCGAGUGGGUGCGAGUGAGAAUGAGUGGCUACAUGUUGCAAAAAAAAGCAAAACAUCUACAUCGAAUGCGUUGAGAGACAUGCCGACAUAACUUCUGUGUUAUUGGAGCUGUCGUCCUCGGAAAACUACUUCAAAUGACAAGAAAAACGAAAAUAAGAAACUCUGUCUGCCCAGGGAGAACCAAGGACAUUAAAAAAUAAUAAGAAAAUCAAGUGAUCUUGAAAUAUUACAAUACAGCAAAAUGCAGAAAUGAUUAUAACUAUGAUUAUGAACUGAGAUGAACAACGAACCAUCACAAUUCUGCGGUCCUCCGACUAGAGAGGGCGCCAGCCUCAAUGUGCCCCUCCCCCAAUCGGCCACGCUAUCAGACAUGUGUGUGAAUGGACCCAUUGUGUACGAAUGUCUGGACUCAGCGCUGAGGAGCCAGGUUCAUCUCCUCCAACGAGACGCCCCCCCACGCGGGGCGCAGUCCUCUCCCCCUGGUGGGCGGGGCCAGGAGUCCGGCUGCGCGUGUUCGCAUGUUGCGAGAGAGUGGACGGAUGAGUCGUGUGUGCUUGGCUGCGUGCGUGAACUGGGAGUGUGCGAGACUGGGUGAGAACGCAUGCAGAGAUGAGGAAAAAUGAAAAAACAACCAACAACAACAAAAAAAGAUACAAAAACAUCUGAAGAGAAAAAAUUGCAACAAUGAGGUUCGCAAAGGUUUCAGGAAGAAAUUCUGCCUUUGAGAGGCUGAUCUGCGAAAUCCCUGAAAGAAGGAACUGUGGAUAUGAGAAAAUCAUCGUCAUCACCAGGAUUUUGUUUUUGAUUUAUUAAGUUAGUAUUAAUUGACACUGGACAAUGUUAUUGGCAGGUGUGGAGCAGCAGUGCAUUGUAUUAAGAUGCAUUUGGUGGCUUUUGGGCUUUUUCUUUUUGCCUCCAGUGUAUUUUUUUUUUUCUUUCUUUUUUCCUUUUUUUAUGACUUUGUUUUCCAGCUUUUAGUUUCAUAUCGCUUCUGUAAAGGUGAUUGAUGACCAUCGUACUCCAUCCUCACACCACAUCCCUAACCUGCACACCACAUAUGGGCUUGAUGCUGUGAAAUUGUUGACACCUUCACUUUAUAAUCAACCAAAUGACCUGUUCCUCCUUGUAACUCCUUUAUUUUUUCUCCCACCCCCCUUUUUCCCUUCAAUUUACAGCAAAAUCACUGCUUUGCAGUACUGUUGCCAUAGCUUUGAUUGUCACCAAGGGAGAAGAGAACAAUGGCCAUUUCACGUAGGAUUGUGAAUCAUAACCUUUGCAUGUACUAAACUAUAGCACAGUUAUUUUUUAGGGUAUUUUAGUUUCCUUAGGCUGUGGAUACAGUGUAAUUUUCAUUUUAAGUAAAACUGUGCUUAAAUGUUACAUGUCUCCCCUUCCCCUUUUCCCUCACUAGUGUCUGAUUUGCUAAAUAAUCUAUAUGGUUUUUGCACAUGUACUGCAAAGUGAGGCCUGACGUCUUUCUGAAGGUGUGCUGGUGGGUUUUUAUAGGUUUUGACCUGCCAGCAAAAUCUCAAUAUGCAUCACUCACUCAACCACAAUCUGUUGUCUUUCGAGAGUAAUCCAAGGAUGCUUUUUAGUGAGAAAAUGAGUUUAUUUCAGGAGGUGGUUUAACCUCCCCCGCUUUUUUUUUCUCAAGGUCAGAGGGUGUCCCACACAUCAGACUGGAGUAUGUGGGGUUUCCUGAAUAAUAUAUAAACCCAUGAACAAGUUUGCUGUAACUUUAGUACCUGAGUCCUUUAGCCCCAUUACUCCCCUUUUGUCUUUCUGCCAGCUAGAUGUACAAGCUUACCCCUUUCAUUUUUUUGUGUUAACUUCAAACACUGUAGUAAUGAUUACACAUUGUGCUCAUAAAUAAGCUUUCUGUUUGAACAUAGGGGUAUUCUUUUGCAGCAUUCCUUGUUAGCAAACGUGGUUUCAAAUUUAAAAUUACGACCUGGAAAGAAAAAAUAAAUAAAUGAAUGAGGUGGUUCCCCCCCCCCCCCCCCAAGCAAAGUCAUUUUUCGGGGAGAUAGGAUACAGGAUAGGUUGUCUUCGAGAAAAUAAAUAGUGAAACCCAAAUCGA